UGUUCUAUGAUCAGGCGCAACGUGGCCGCCCUCCGAUUAAUAAAUGGGUCCUCCGAGUAGUUUAUGCUAACAAAGCAGCAUCCAAAAUGUCGGGGGAGGUGUAUCUUCUAUGGCUUCUCUCGCUUUUACAAACGCUGUCGGCGUACGGUGCCGAUCUGUCGUCGGAGGCGUGCAGGGAACUGGGCUUCUCCAGCAACCUGCUGUGCAGCUCCUGCGACCUGCUCGGGGAGUUCAGCCUCACCAAGCUGCAGCCCGACUGCCGGCAGUGCUGCCAGCAGGAGGCCCAGAUGGAAGUGCGCAAGCUCUAUGCCGGGGCCAUCCUUGAGGUGUGUGGAUGAAAGCUGGGGAGGUUCCCUCAAGUCCAAGCUUUUGUCAGGAGCGACAAGCCAAAGAUGUUCAAAGGUCUUCAGAUCAAGUACGUCAGAGGCUCCGAUCCUGUACUAAAGCUUUUGGACGAUAACGGGAACAUCGCUGAAGAGCUCAGCAUCCUCAAGUGGAACACCGACAGUGUGGAGGAGUUCCUGAGCGAGAAAUUAGACCGGAUAUAGAAACAGUUUGUAUUUUUUUUUUCCUUUUUUUUUUUUUUUUUAAAGUUAAAAUUCUUUUCACUCAAAUUACAAAGCCUCUGUUUGUAUGCAGCCAUGCAGAUAUGUUCUGUUUUAUGUGCCUGAAAUAUCUGCAUCCACCUUUAGGCAAAGGGAGUUUUGUUUGUGUGGUUCGCUGUUCUGAAAAAUGACAUUUAAAACAAUGUGUGUUCCUAGAACUUGUGUUGCUGUCGCUGAACCACCUAACUUUUAUCUGAAAUGCUGAAUAAUGAAGUAUUCCCAAUGAGUGCAGCCCCACAAACAAAACUCCUAUAAGCUCCAUUUUAUUUAGGCUGUGGCAGAAAUCUCAGGAGUCCCAUCUUUAAACGAUAACAAAUCCAAACUAUCUGCAUGGAUGGAGACAACGAGGGGCUACUGUUUUUUUUAAUUUUUUUUUUUAUUACUAUUUUAUGUUAUUAUAUAAUUUGGGUGAACCAAACCAUUAUGUUAUUUACCAAUUUGUACCAACCUGGCCUUGAAAAAUGGUUGCUAAAACACUGUCUGACUGUUUUUGUAUGGGAAAAUCCUAAAUUUCUUGUCUGGAUUUUACCAAAUAACGUGUGGAUGACAUCAUCGCAGACACGCUCUAAUAAUUGAUCAAAACGGGUCCAUUAGAUUCAAAAAACAAUAAUGCACAUCAUGAGCAGUUUCCUUCUCUGCCGGUGGAUUUUAAAAUCACCUGAAGUCUGAUAUUCUUGUAUCAUGUUUUUUUCUUUCUUUUUUUAAUAUGUUGCGCGACAUUGUGACCAACAGGAUUUGUGGUAAGAAUGUAUUCUAGUUGCUCCUCUAACGCAGACGUCUUGCUGAAGCACAUGUUAGUGAAGACCUCACAAUAAACCAGUGUUGGGAUGUGAGGUCUGAUGUAAAUUUGUGUUUUUUUUUGGUAUCUUCUGCUUUGAAGAGAAACUGGAGUCAUUGUGGAUGCUUGAUGUUUUUUCUGUCAUUUUGUCUAAUGGAAAAUGUAAGUGCAUUAAAUACGAAUAGUCUGGUA